AUGCCUCCUCCAGUAGCAUCAAGAGCAUCUAUCCUCAGAUUGUUAUCCCUGACAUCGAAUCAAGGUUGUCGGGGAUGCGGUAGGACUCAUUCUGCUCUUGAUCAUCAUGCUCACUCGCCUGGUCAUGGUCAUAGUCAUGGACAUGGAUAUGGACAUGGUGGUAGAAGAGGAAUGGCUACUCCUGUUGAGAAAGCUAUCAGGGGUCCUCCACCUGGAAAUACAGAUUAUGCUUUUGAGAUGGCAGCAUCAACACUUCGAUUCGGACCAUUUGCAACACAAGAAGUAGGAAUGGAUCUAUCCAAUAUGAUCAAACAACUUCCAGCUGCAGAUAGAUCUCAAGCGAAGAUUGGUGUAUUUACCGAUCCAAAUGUAGUCAGAUUACCAGUGAUGGAAGUUGUUGAAGAGAGUUUAAUGAGAGAAGGAUUAAAUUGGGUUGUUUGGGAUAAAUGUUCUGUUGAACCUACAGAUAAAUCAUGGGAGGAAGCGAUAGAUUUCGCGCGAUCGUCACAUAUAACCCACUUUUUAGCUGUGGGAGGUGGAUCUUCGAUGGAUACAGCAAAAGCCGCAAAUUUAUUCACCAAUUAUCCCGAAGCUGAUUUAUACGAAUUUAUCAACGCUCCUAUUGGAAGAGGUAAACCAAUCGAGAAGAAAUUAAGUCCUCUAAUCGCUAUCCCUACUACCGCUGGUACCGGAUCUGAAACCACCGGUACAGCUAUCCUUGAUAUACCUUCGUUACAAUUCAAGACUGGUAUAGCUUCUAGAGCUCUCAAACCUACUUUAGGUAUCGUAGAUUUGAAUAAUACAGCUACUUGUCCUAAAGAAGUUGCUAUCGCUGCUGGAUUAGAUGUUCUUUUCCAUUCUCUCGAGAGUUGGACCGCCGUUCCAUAUUAUGAAAGAACACCUAGGCCAGCUAAUCCCAUCAUGAGGCCUGCCUAUCAAGGAUCUAAUCCCAUUUCAGACAUCUUCUCCAAAUGGGCUUUGGAAACUACCAUCAAAUACCUACCUAGAAUCGCUAAAGAUGCAUUUGGGGAUGAAGAAGCUAGAGCUCAGAUGUUACUGGCUGCUAGUACGGCAGGUAUAGGAUUCGGUAAUGCUGGUGUACACAUGUGUCACGCAUUCUCGUAUCCUAUUUCAUCGUUGAAUAAAGGACGUCCAAGCGAUUUGCAAUAUCAUCAUCCGUCUUAUUCACCUAAGAUCCCGUUAAUCCCACAUGGAGUGGCUGUAUCUUUGACCGCACCUGCAGUGUUCAACUUCACGGCACCCUCGUCACCUUCACGACAUAAAGAAGCAUUGGCACUUUUCUUAGGUAAAGAUAGAGCUCAUGAAUUGACCAAUAUAAGAGAUGAGGAUGUCGGUAAGGCAUUAAGCGAAGAAAUCAAGAAGUUCCUGGAUCUGGUUGAAGUUCCGAGGGGUCUGGAGAAAGUAGGAUAUAAAUCCGAUGAUAUCACAAAGCUUGUUGAAGGUUGUUUACCACAAAGAAGAGUGUUGGAUUUAGCCCCUGUUUUGGCAAAAGACAACUUGGCUCAGGAGAAAGAACAAUUAGCUAAGAUUGUUGAAAACUCGCUGAACUGGUAG